CGGAAAAAGUGUAACGUCAUAAUAAUUCGUUAUAUUACUAUAUUACUAUAUAUAUUCAACACGCGCUUUUAAUUUGUGUAAUUCUAGGAAGAAACAUCAAACACAUUAACAGUUAUAUUAGUCAACUUUAACACUGCGCGUGCGCGUGUCGAUUUCGCGAGUACUUUGGUCACGUGACAAUGUUUUAGCGCAUGGUGCAAGAAAAUGGCUCUCAGUAACGUCCUGAGGUCUUUAGCCGGAGUUAAUGUCCAUCCGUUUAGUUCAAACGCCCGACUUUGUGUUUGCGUUUUAGGGAACAGUUCAGUCCAGAUUCGCGGAUAUGCUAAAAAACCUGCUGCUAAAGGAAAAGGGAAAGGCAUGGUGAAGGAUGUGCUGAAGGGCCCAGAGGUGUGUAAGGACCCGGUUAGGCUCACCACACAUGCUGUAGGAGUUAAUAUCUACAAACAAGGAGAAGAUCCACAGCUGAAACCCAAAGAGGAAUAUCCAGCAUGGUUAUACGAGCUAAAUCUUGGUCCUCCUAAAAAACUCCACGAGUUGGAUUCAGAGACCCGUGAAUACUGGAAACGUUUGAGGAAGGAGCACAUCUGGCGCUUCAAUAAACUGCAUAAAGGAAAGAAAAUUUGAGAAACUUUUACAUACAUUUAGAUUGGGAAAACUUUGAUGCGAUCUUAGUGUAAAAAGGUGUGUUUGAUUGAUGCAGUUCAGACCACGAUCAACAUUCCGUACAGUCGAUCUGUUAAUCAUAUGAACUGUGUUGUCAAAUGGAACUCGAUCGUGUCGAUCAACACGUAUGCCAAGUACUCUGUUUAUUCAUCAAGUUGCCUGAAGAGCGAAUAUUACAGAGUGAAUGGGAAAAUGUAGUUGGAAUGUACAUCAACAUUGACACUUUUGUUGUCAAAAAUGUAUUUAUUUAACAUCAUCAUGUUUUUGUAUGUAAAUAAAUUGAACACGCUUCCUAUGAGAA